ACAGCUGUAUCACGAUCUGGCUGGAUGAAUCUAAUUUAUCUUGUCUGGCGAAGCAACCACUGUCUGGUCGACUUGGGUCGAAGUUACACGUGUCGGAAUAGAUUUUUAGAAUAGGUGGAAAUGGACAACUCUGUAGCGUUUUCCCUUCUGGUAAUCGUCGCCUGCGCAACGGUCAUAGAAGCUUUUCCUUUUAACCAAUUUGCCAGGUCCUUCUCGGGUGGAGCAAUGUUUCCCGCACCUCAACAACAGUACCAGCGGCAAGUUCCCCGGCUCCGCAAUAACAACGAGUUCUUUGAUGACCUAGCCAGUUAUCGUCCACAUGGUAACCUGAAUUUCGGUGGUCAAAGUGCAGACAAUGGAGUUGGCAUAUCUGUUGGAGGUGGAGAGAGACCACAGGUGUCCGUCGGAAUGGGAGGGGUCGGCGGAGGUGUUGGUGCGGACGUCGUAGGUGAAGGGAAGUAUUAUCAUGUCAGAAUGAUGUCUUAGACCCGAAACCGGUGCAGGUGAUCACACUCUUUUAAGUUAUUAACAGCCAAAGACAAUAGAUAUCGCCAGCUUGCUGAUUAUGAUAGGACUACGCUGCAAAAGACAUUUAUCAAUAUCUACUUUUAAGUUAUGGUUAUCUUUUACUAUUUCUUUAGCUAGAACAACUAAUCAAUGGUUACUUUCACUACGCAUUUUAUCAAUUUCGGCACUAUUAAUGGAAUAUAGGAACUGGCAGAUUAGUUGUGUUUACAAAUAGAUUUUAAGAGACUGCUGUUUUUCUUUGGAUCAUUUGCUUUGGAACAUUUUCUUUUGAAGCUGUGCCGUGCUGCUUUCAGGCCUUGUGGUAGUUGCACUUUCUUACAUUAUUCAAAAUGACGUACAUUUAGAUACAUGCAUUUUCUUCAGUUUGGUGUUUUGUGUUGUAUAUAGUUCAACAGACAUAUGACAUGGUUGAUUAGAUGUACAGUCCUUCAAAAAAGUAAAUGGACACACAAAAAUCAAAUUUUCUUGAAAACGGCUGGUGAUAAAUCGAUUCGGUUUGCUGCAUUUGAUAGGACAUUUAGUUGUGCAUCAUGGUAUCUACCACAUAAAAAUUAGCCAUUUUAUCUAAUACCGACUUGAUUUACAAAAGGCCCCAAAAUCAACUUUUUCGUUUCCGAUUUUUUUCGUACUUUUUCUUGAUAGGAUGAAUCACCAUGAUGAAAAACCCACGUCCCCAUCAAGGUGAUGAAAAUAUCUUGUGUUAAUUGGUGGGAAAACAGCAUUUUAUGUCAAAAUUUUGCACCUUGUUUAUUGACUUUGGAAUUACUUUGGAGAAGUCGACCAUAGCCAAUUAUGUCAGUUUCAACAUGCAGCCCGAGUGUUAAUUCCUUAUUGGCUGAGGUUUUGAAUGGGGGUGGAAAUGUUGUUAACAUUGAUGUAUUGUAAACGCGAGGGUAAAGUAAUAUUGGUGAACCCAUUGUCCAGCUGCCAAAUCCAGGCCUGGGAGAGCUAUUUAUAGGCAUAUUAAACAAGGCCAUUGAAAUGGUGACAUGAUUCCGGUUGUCUGGGCCAGGUGAAUAAUAUCAAGGGGGCAUCUCCGCAGUAGAAGACCGGGUAACAAAACCCUUUUGCACAAAUGGGUUAAUAAGUUGCAGAUUCAAGUGAAAACUGUGGAAUUUCUUAGAUAUUCACUCAUAACUCAACAGAAGCUUCCAGUCAAUAUAAAAUUUGCCCCCAAAAAAUGCGUGAUAAAAAAGUUGAUUUUGGGACCUUUCAUAAAUCGAAAAAAUUGACUUAUAGGUAAAAUAGCAAAUUUCCAAGUGGUAGAUAUCAUGAUGCACAACUAAAUGCCCUAUCAAAUGCAGCAAACCGCAUCGAUUUAUCACCAGCCGUUUUCAAGAAAAUUAGAUUUUUGUGUGUCCAUUUACUUUUUUGAAGGACUGUACAUGUAAGCUAAAUAUCUAUACAAUUGAAUGGCUAAGAAGACACACGAUACGUGAACAAGCGCGAUUUUGAAAACAUAACUAGUUGUUAGCAAGAGCAGAUAGACGGUGAGGCCAACAACCAUCAGGACUGUGCAUGGAUAUUGUAUUAAAGGUUCUUUGAGCCAAAAAAAAGUACACAAUAUUAUGCAUACUUCUUCGAUUCCGACACUGUUUAUUUGGUCGUGUCAGCAAUUCAUUUUUUUAAAUUGCACAAUCAUAUCCUGCGUUUUCGAAGCCCUUCACUUGGCGUGGGCCCAUUUAAUGCUUUCGUGAUGAAAUACUAGGUUGCAGAUUCACCAGUUAUAUUUUUACUAUGUCAGUAAACAAGGCAGAGGCUUAUCACUAAAACUGUUUCUGAAUUUGACUUUUUAUAAUGCAACUGUACGAUAUGUAGAUACAGAGUUGGGCUUGUAAUACAUAUUUAACGGUAUGGUUUGCAUCACUAUAUUGGGAGGCCUUUUUCGACUUCUUAACGGUUUCUCUAUGUUUACCCCACAGAAGUCCGACAUAGUCCGACUAUUCCAUGAAAGGUCGGAUUUCUAAAAAGCUGUGAAAAAUACCAAGACUUACCAAGAUAGGUCAAUAAAUAUGAAAUGUUGAAUUGGGUUAAAUGAGGUGUGAACCAAUUCCCCCGAGUGACCCAAAAUGUGAACACUAACUAGCUAAUUUAACAAGAUCACUAUUAGUGCUCACACUUAAUUAACCCCAUUCAACAAAUACCUUUCAUACUUUGCCCUUUCUUGGGAAAUCCUUGCAUAAGGUUUCUAGAAAUCUGACCUUUCAGGACUUUGCGUUUUAUCAUAGAUCACAUGUUUUGAACUGUUGAUAUGAACAUCCAUGUAAAAAAUAAAGUCAUUCCUG